AUGUCCUCGAGACGGGGCCCGCUCACAAACAACCCGAAUGUCGCCAAUUCGCCUUUGCGAGGAGCUUCCACCCUGGCUGCCUACGCCAAGCAGAAGCGCUCCUACGCUACCAUCCAGCGUGAGGAGCCCUAUGGUCAGCCUCCGCCUUUGAAGAAGCAGGUUCUCGACAAUGGCGGCCAGCGUGCCAUGCGGUCGCCAACACGCCCGGUCCGCACCCAGGUUCUCGUCCAGCGUGGAGCUACGCGUCCUGUCGCCAAGGAACGUUCUUCAAGAACCGCCUCGACUUCCAGGAAUCAAGAUGCCGACACUGAGAAGGAGCAGUGGAAGAAGCACCAUCGGGCUAAAUUCCCCAAGAUGGUCUUCUAUUUCGAGAGUAUCCCAGAUGAUAUUCGGGCUAGGCUAACUAAGAGAGUCACCUAUCUUGGUGCUCGUCAGGAACCCUUCUUCUCAAUUGCAGUCACCCACGUCGUCACCACCCGAUCGAUCCCACCCGAAAGGUCUGAGGCCGAGUCUGAGCAAGAACCUGAACAACCACAGCACCAUGAGGAGCACGAGCCCGAGGAACAACCCCAGACCAUCAACCCUUCGUUGCUGGAUCGAAACACAGAGGCUCGACGCAAGCUUCUGUUCGAGUUCCGAAAUGCACCCAUGCGGUCACAACAGCUUGAUGACCCUACGAAGCGAAGUAAGGCGAGGAACAAUGAUGUUCUGCACAAGGCUCGUGAAAUGGGAAAAAAGAUUUGGUCGUUGGACAAGUUCCAGACCAUGCUGUCGGUUCUUCUUGAGUCGGAGACCAGCCACAGCAACUCUUACAGCUCCAGGUCCACCGCUACCCGUGGGCACUACGGAACCUCCAAGUCCCACGAGCCCAAUCUGCUUCAGCUGUUGCACAACGAGCGUCUGAAUGGUCCUUCGGAUCGGGACCCGACUGCCGUCAACCGGGAAUUGUGUUACUUCAAGGGUCCCCACCUUUAUAUCUGGGAUAUGGAUGAAAAGCAAAAACCUAUCAUGGUUCGCGAGUAUCCCAAGGUGGCCAACAAGGCCGACGGAGAGUGGCCGCAGUUCCGAAGUGUCGGCAACGGUCGCUGUCCAUUCGUGGAGGAGAUUGAGGUCCCUGACAAGGAACAUCGCAGGCAACGCGAGCAAGAAAAGGCUCGCGCUGCUAAGCGAGAAGACUCUGUCCCCAUUCUGAAGGCCCCCCAAAUCCCAGUGCCGGUGCCUGUAACAGGGAAGCGAUCACUGACGGAAAUGGAAGACGGCCACAAUAAGGCCCGUGCCGUGACUCCUACAGAGAUUUUCAACCCGGCCAAGGCGACAUUGUCAAAGCAGACUGGACAAAACGCCUUUACCAGCCGUGCUGGCACCGGGCGCCUAUUCGCUGGCGAGCCCGUGGCGUCAGGUGUUCAGCCGUCUAACAUCACUUCGGCUAUCCGCUCGCAGAUGAUUUCAUCUACGUCUGGUGUCAAUGGGGCUAAGGCCGGAACCAGCAAAGAGGUUCACGGUCUCCAACGAAAGGUCCUUCAGAAGGCUGCCCCCGCAUCUCAUGAUGUGAGCUCGCGCCGCCUGGCUGAGGUGUCGAUGGAUGUCGCAUCUAGCAGAUCGACCACGAUGGGUCGACACACUUCGCGUCCUGCCGAGGUCCAAGAAGAGGAGAACCAGAAGACCACGGAGAACAAGGAGCGAAAGACACACACGUCAUCCUUGAAGAGCAAGAAGGACCUCAAACCUGGCUAUUGCGAGAACUGCCAGGACAAAUUCCGAGACUUUGAUGAGCACAUCCUGUCUCGAAAGCACCGCAAGUUUGCCGAGAACGAUGACAACUGGACCGAGCUGGACUCUUUGCUGGUUCAAUUAAAGCGAAUGCCGAAAUACUCAUCAGGAUCGGAUGAAGACGACGGGUGGUAA